CAAAAUUCCCCUCCCUCUCUCUCUCUCUCUCUCUCUCUCUCUCUAAUGGAGUCUCUCUUCGCAAACUAUGCUUCUUCAGACGACGAGGAAGAACAGCAACAGCAAAUCUCUACCAAAUCCUACUCUAAUUUAUGCGAACCAACCUCCAUCUCUAGAGAAACCCCUAAACUUUCUUCUUCUCUCUUCUCUUCUCUUCCCCAGCCCAAAUCCUCCUCUUCUAUCUUCUCCCUUCCUCCUCCCAAGUCUCACCACCCGAAUCCACAAACCCCCUCAAACCCUUCAUCUUCAGAACCUAAUCCUGAACCCACCAAACCUUCUUCCAGCUUUUCUUCCCUUCCCCCUCCCAAGUCUAGCCUCCCAAACCCAUUAGCCCUCACGAAUCCCUCAGCUUCAGGUUCUAAUCCCAAAAGGGUUGUUCAAUUCAAGCCUCCAAUAAACCAAUCUCUGCUGUCCCGAGAUGACGAUGAGGAUGAAGAUCAGGAUGAGAAGGAAAAGGAGAGAAAACCCACCAAGGAAUUCAAGUCUUCAGAACCAGUUUCCUCUUUAAAAUCUUUCUUUUCCAAUCUACCAGCUCCCAAGAACUCGUUGGGUUCAGGUACUCCGUCUUUGGGCUCUGGUCGUAGAUCUAUCGUUGAAGCUGAGAUACCCACAUCGAAUUUCGAUGGUUUCAAGAAGGAGAAUGAAACCGGCACUAGUGGAGACCUAGGGAGUCAUGAAGGGAAUUGGGUUGAUGGGUCAUCUGCGGCAAAGGUGGGAGCAGUGGAUGGUUCUUCAGAAUCUGCAUUUACGGGUACUGAAAGUGCAAAUUGGCUUCCUGGAAAUAAUUCUUAUGAGAACUACGCCUAUGAGAGUUAUGGGAACUAUGCGGGCUAUGAGACCUACGGUACCUAUGAGGAUGGGACCUAUGGUACAUCUGAGGGUAACCAGGCCGAUACAUCUACGACGAUGACGGCGGCAUGGCCAACACAAGAGAUGUCAGGGGCAGCUGAAAAUAUGGUGAGAAUUCCUGGGAAGAGAGGGAGGAAUGAUGUACCUGCGGAUAUAGUUGAAGUGAAGCAGGAUGAGUUGAUGAAAAAUAGACCAAGGGAGGACCAGGUGAAAUUGACUGGGAUAGCUUUUGGGCCUUCUUACCAGGAUUGAAUUAUGUCAAAUUUC